GCUGCCAUGGCGGCAGCUCCGCCACUCACCAAAGCUGAGUAUCUGAAGCGUUACUUGUCUGGGACCGAUGGUGGCUUGGAAGGAGGUCCCGAGGCCGGUCGCAAGCGGCGCAAAAAACGGCCGAAGCCUGGAGGCGCUGGCGGCAAGGGAAUGCGGAUUGUUGAUGAUGAUGUGGGCUGGGCGGCUAUCUCUACUGCUAAGCUGGAAAAGGAGGAGGAAGAGGAUGGAGAUUUGCCUGUGGUGGCUGAGUUUGUGGAUGAGCGUCCAGAAGAGGUAAAGCAGAUGGAGGCCUUCCGCUCCAGUGCCAAGUGGAAGCUUCUGGGAGGCCAUGGUGAAGAUGGACAUUUUCAUCACGAUGACCAAGAUUCAUCUCCUCCUAGGAGGGUCCGUCAUGACACCCCAGACCCAUCUCCUCCCAGAAAGGCCCGUCAUGACACCCCAGAGCCAUCUCCUCCCAGGAGAGUUCGUCAUGAUACCCCGGAUCUCUCUCCCCCAAGGAGAGUCCGUCAUGACACCCCAGACCCAUCUUCUCCCAGGAAGGCCCGUCAUGACACCCCAGACCCAUCUCCUCCCAGGAGAGUUCGUCAUGAUACCCCGGAUCUAUCUCCCCCAAGGAGAGUCCGUCAUGACACCCCGGAUCCAUCUCCUCCCAGGAGAGUUCGUCAUGACACCCCGGAUCUAUCUCCCCCAAGGAGAGUCCGUCAUGACACCCCGGAUCCAUCUCCUCCCAGGAGAGUCCGCCAUGACUCAGCUGCUUCUCCCCCCAGGAAGUGUCAUCGUAAUUCUUCAGCCGUAUCUCCUAGGAGAGGCCAUCAUGGUUCCUUAGGUACCUCUUCUCCAAGACAGACCCAUAACCACUCCCCUACUGCAGCCCAGCAUAGAAGGACUCUUGACUCUUCAGGUGCACAGCAUCUCAGGAGGGCCCAUCAUGAGUCCCCUGAUUUGGAACUGCACAAAGCCAAAAGUAGUAAAGCUGCAGAAAGAGCCCCUGGCAAGGCUGCAUCCCAGAGUGGGCUAGGACCCUCUCACCCAUCACUCUCCACCAACAGCAAGUACGAGCAUGACUCUGACCUCUCUCCUCCACGGAAACGGCAAGCAAAGGCUCAUUUUGGAGCUAAGAAACAGCUUGAUUCUAAAGGUAUCUACCAAAAAGCCUCUGAUUCAGAUCUUUCUCCUCCACGGAAAAAAAAAAAUUCGGGGCACCAGGAUUCUGAUUCAGAUCUGUCACCACCACGGAACAGAGCAAGGCGCCAGAGCUCUGACUCCGACCUCUCUCCACCCCGGAGAAGACAGAGGACCAAAUCUUCCGAUUCUGACCUCUCCCCACCUCGAAGGAGUCCCCGUCCUGGCAAGAAGGCUGCACACAUGUAUUCCGGAGCAAAAACUGGGUUGGUCACUGAUGUUCAGCAGGAGCACCAGGAACUCAAGAAACAGGACCAGGACACCACAGACCUCGGAGCUCAGUUUGAAUUCACUGAAACUGUAUUUCGGGACAAGUCUGGUCGGAAGAGGAAUUUGAAGCUGGAACGCUUGGAACAGAGGAGAAAAGCAGAGAAAGACUCAGAGCGAGAUGAGCUAUAUGCCCAGUGGGGGAAAGGGCUUGCCCAGAGCCGGCAGCAGCAACAGAAUGUAGAAGAUGCAAUGAAGGAGAUGCAGAAGCCUCUGGCCCGCUACAUAGAUGAUGAAGACCUGGAUCGGAUGCUGAGAGAACAAGAAAGAGAAGGGGAUCCGAUGGCCAACUUUAUUAAGAAGAAUAAGGCUAAGGAGAACAAGAACAAGAACGUGAAGCCUCGCUACAGUGGUCCUGCUCCUCCUCCCAAUAGAUUCAACAUUUGGCCUGGGUAUCGCUGGGAUGGAGUGGACAGAUCCAAUGGCUUUGAACAGAAGCGCUUUGCCAGGCUCGCCAGCAAGAAGGCUGUGGAGGAGCUUGCCUACAAGUGGAGUGUAGAGGACAUGUGACCACCCCACCCCCAGGCCAUGUGACCCCCUGAGGCCAUGUGAUGCUGUGGUACUGGUAGCGCCACCUCACAUCCAGCUCUAAAGGAGUCCUGCUAAGAGACACAGACCAGCAAGUUGCUGUCAGCCUGACCUUUGGACAGGCACCUAACCUUGGCUGUGCCCUCACUGUCUGGCUGGCUUUGGCAGGACACGGUGACUUCUUUAUCCCAGGGUUUGUUCUUGGCCAGUGCUUUCCUUUUUCUUAAAAAUAAACACAUAUUUAUUUUUUUAUAA